GUCGUUUGAAUUUCAAUUUCAUCGAAAAUAUUAUUUUUCAUUUCAUAUUAUCUACAAACGAAUUCAUUUAAAAGUGCAAGUGUUAAUACACUGUACAGUUUUGUAUAUCAAUGUUACAAUGGUGUUGGAGACUCCAAUAAGUUCGCGAGCUGGAUUCCCAAGACUCAGCAGCAGUGGCGGGAGCGCCAACAGUUCUAUCCGACGACGGAGUCUCAUACCGCAGAGCCGUGUAGCAGCAAGAGUUGAGGAUCAAAACGAUGAUGAUGCUGAGCGUUCAUCCCUGGUGGCAUCGGAGCGGGCGGUGGCGACGUCCACACCGCAGGCAUCUCCCCGGCGUGGACGGGACACCAUGUCCUCGUCUCCACAGAAGGAACACUUCCAGGGAUGCCUCAAGCUGUAUGCGGAGAAUAAAAUAAACAAAGACAAUGCAUGGAAUCUACAACUGAUAGACUUUAUGACUUCGAUGUUACGACGGCAUGACUCCCGCAUGGAAAACCUUCAGACAGCUUCCACGGUAGUGGACGCUUCGGCGAGGAUCUACUCUUUUAGGGUAGACGCUGUGCACUACGAUGUGCUGAAAAUGGCUGGUGGAUUGAGCAAAGCUGCUCAGACAAAAAGAGGUAAAAAAGACGACGACGGACUCACGCAAGACGAAGGUGCGGUGGAUGGCGACUCCGCUCCCGCCAAGAAGCAGAAGAAAAAGAGAUCUAAAGGCGCCAUCGCUGCCAACCCUGAGGUGUUCAAUGGAGAUUUUGAUUCUAACGAUUGUAUAGAUCCAUUUUUCGAGAGGCUUGCUGCAACGACGGGCGAUGUGACGUCAUCGAAUCGAGCAUUCAAUGCUUCUUUACCAAUUCAUGACAAAACAUUGGCUUUAAUUUUGAGAACUGACCUAAAUUUCCUGGAGUCAAUCAAAGAGAAUGUCCCAGAAGAAAUGGAAUUGACAGAGCGAAUCUCUCUAGCUAUGAAGCUGCUGCCAGCAUUUACUGAGAAUGAUCAGAUAUGCGAGCCUUUUACUGGCUUCUCAAUAAGCAACUGGGACCCUGAUAGUGAAGAUGUUGACCGUGUAACCAACUGGGUGGAGGAGAACCGAUUGAACUUGUCGCAACAAGCGCUCGCGUUUGAUGUGAAUGCCGAGGUGGAGCCUAUACCACAAGAUGAAGCUCACAAUGACUUGUAUGACGACGAGCCCCUCGGCGGCAUCGACAGCGAAGAGGAAGCCGAGGCAGCGUUAGCCGCGUGCGCACCGCGAGUGGCCGCCUGCCCGCCCGCGCGGCUGACAGACAUGCGGCCCGGCGCGCCGCACGACUCGCGGCUCGAGUACUCCUACUGCGGCUCCAUCGUGGCCGCCUGGGCCGGGCCCGCGCACUGGCGCCUGCGCAACAACAGAGCAUCAAAACAAUCCGAGCGGACCCAGUCCACCGGCGGCCGACUAACAGUAGAAGGCAAGAAGCCUCCGCGGACGAAACGUCAACUAGACUUCCAGAACGCCGGCCUAGCGUUCGACUGCCGAGGGACUCCCGUAGGCGAGUACGAGCCCGCUCAGCCGGCCAAGAUCAUGAUCAGCAGGAAGACGUUGGCUACGGGGCACACGUGGAACGAGACUAACUUCAAGACGCCUAUUGACAGAGGCCUAGACGAAUCCCACUUCCGCAAGCUAUUCCUGCGCCGCAACGUGAUGCUUCUCCGCAAGCGAGACCUGGAGCGGAGCAAGCAGCCGGAGCCCGAGCCCUGUGUGGAGGAGGCGCGCGACUACGACUACGACAACGAGAACGACGCCUCGUACUGCCCCAACAACGUGCCUGAUGGUGAUGACUGGGGCAACGAAGACGCGACAGCUGCGGGCGAUUUACACGAGCAAGUAAAGGCGGCCGAGCCCGAAGAACUUGGUGAUAUGCUGGAACCACCGACUAAGGUGGCGAAAAUCUUCAUACCAUACGCGAUGCGAGCGAAGAAAGUUGACAUGAAACAACUAAAGCAAUGCACAUGGAAAAUGCUGACAGAGAAGACUCCAGAAGGCGAUAUAGAAGAUGUUUCUCCAUCUACAUUCUUCUCCAUAUACACGCGGCUACCUAACAAACUGUCCAGUCAUAUGAGAGAGUCGCUCAGUGUGCCACUAGCCUUACUGUCAGUGCUGCAUUUAGCAAAUGAGAAGGGACUCAUCUUGGAGAAGAAAGACGACUUGAAAGAUAUUGGCAUUGUCGGACUUAUAAAAUAAGUAAUCAAGUUCUACAACACCACUAUACAUUCAAUGUGA